AUGGAAGGCCUAUCUCGAGAUAGGAGGUUAGCGCUCGCUACUGAGGCCUUUCAAAAAGGCCAGUUCUCCUCUAAACAGUCCUGCGCGGCCGCUUUUGACGUCAAAAUAAGCACUCUAAAAGGUCGCUUGAAAGGAAUCAAAUCGCGCAACGAAACAGAGGCGAAUUGCAGGAAGCUCUCUAUUAAUGACGAAUUGGUAUUGAAGCGAACGAUCCUCGAUAUGGACUCUCGUGGAUACCCUCUUACUAUUGAAAAAGUCCGCCACCUCGCAGAGAUCCUCCUUGCCGCGAAAUUGAAGCCUUCCGCUCCGGAUAACGCCUUUAUAAGCUAUCGCUGGGUCAACCGAUUCAUCAACCGCCAUGAAGCUGAAUUACAGUCAAAAUACACGAGGCGAUACGAUUACCAAAGAGCGAAACGCGAGGACCCCAAGAUUAUAAAACGCUGGUUCGACUUGGUGCAAAAUACCGUACAAAAAUAUGGGAUUCUUGAACAGGAUACUUAUGAUAUGGAUGAGACGGGUUUUCAAAUGGGGGUUGCCUCUACUGCAAAGGUUGUAUGCGGCGCAGAAUCACGAGAAAGCAAUGCAAGAUCAGUGCAACCAGGCAAUCGAGAAUGGGUCACGGCGAUCAUCACGAUCAGCGCCGCAGGCGUUGUUUUACCUCCACAAAUCAUCUUCGCAGGUAAAAUGCAGCAACAGAAGUGGUAUGAAGAUAUUCCCGAUGACUAUCGGGUCAGCGUGAGCGAGAAUGGAUGGACGAAUGAUAAAGUCGGGUUUGAAUGGCUUCAAUUUUUCGAUAAUUUCACUUCUUCAAAAACGGCCGGUCAAUAUCGCCUUUUACUGCUUGACGGCCACGGGUCCCAUUCAACGCUUGAAUUCGAUCAACUUUGCAAAGAGAAAAACAUCAUUCCUUUAUACAUGCCGCCUCAUUCUUCUCACAAAUUGCAACCGCUUGAUGUGGGCUGUUUUUCGCCGCUAAAAGGCUAUUACGGCCGGCGAAUUAGCGACGCUCUACAGAACGGUAUAGAACAUAUCGAUAAAAGCGAUUUUAUUAAUCACUUCAAGCGUAUAUACAGUAAGGCCUUCUCUGCGAGCAAUAUAACAAGCAGUUUCGCCUCUACGGGCCUCAUCCCGUACGAUCCAGAUAAAGUGCUUUCAAAACUGAAGCCUUUACGAUCUUCAACGCCUCCUCCGCCUUCAACUUCAUCGGCCAACCAGUCCAUGUAUCACGGUAAAACGCCCGUGAAUUUAUAUCAACUAAAUCAUCAAAAAGCGGAGAUUCAAUCGUUGCAAGAAUCGGGAUUAUCAUCGCUUAUUGCGGACCAAGCGCUUGAGAAGGUGUAUAAAGGCGCGGAGAUGGCCAUGCAGAACGCCGCCCUGCUUCAACAAGAAAUACGCCAGCUUCGCGCGGUAGAACAGUCUAAAAAUGGCAAGCAAAAGGCCUCACGACGAUAUCUUCAAGAAGGAGGCACUUUGUCCGGUCAAGAGGGGCGAGAAAUUGCGAAUGAAAAGGCCGCUGAAGAGGCGAGAAAACGAGCUGCUCAAGGGCCUACAACACGCCGGCCACCGCGCUGCAGUAACUGCAAUCAGGAGGGUCACAAUCGUUUAAAAUGUCCUGCCUAA